AUGAAUUGGUCAUUGAUCAUUUUAGGCUUGGUUGCCUUAUCAAGCGUAGCUUUUGCUAAAAAUUCUUAUCUCGUUAUCGUACCAAAACUUCUUAAAGUUGACUAUGAAAAUCAACUUUCAAUCUUCAUUGCUGAUGCUCCAAAACCAGUUGAAGUUAAAUUCGAAUUAGUUUUUGGUCAAAAACAUCUUGAAUCAAAAACAAUUUGCAAAUCAGGUGAAACACGAAAUGCCACAUUAGCUCUUCCAAAAGAAUUUCCAGUUGGUGCUGCUGAAUUAAUCAUCACAGCUACCGGUGGUCUUACAUUUGAAGAACGACGUGAUAUUAUUGUCUAUGACAAUCGUCAUAUGAUGCUUGUUCAAACAUCAGCAACAGUCUAUCGUCCAAGUGAUAUGAUGGAAAUUCGUGUUAUUGCUACAACUGAAGAAUUUAUGCCAAUUGAAAAUGGUGAACUUAAAGUUGAAAUUUAUGACGGUCUUCUUAAACUUGUCGGUGAAUUUCCACGUGUUCCAAUUCGAUCAGGUCUUACUGAAACUCUUCGAUUCCCAAUUGCUGAAGAUGUUAAUGCUGGUAAAUGGCUUGUUUCAGCUGUUAUUGCCAACACAACAUCAUCAGUUGAUGUUCUUAUUGUUCGUCCAGUUACACCAUCAUUCGAUCUUAAAGCUAUUUUUUCACGAUUUCUUCUUCGUACAGACAAAAUGCUUCGAGGUGUUAUCGAAAUGGAUUGUGAUGAUAAUACACCAAUCUUUGGUCGUGCUAUUGUUGCUGUUGGUCCAAUCAUGGAACAAGAAAUGGAUUCAAAAAUGAGAAUGGAAUCAUCAAAAGAAGAAAAAUCAAAAACUGAAGAAUGGCGCAAAUGGAAAUCACUCGAAUUCGAAAUUGCUGGUCGUGUUGAAUUAAAUUAUGAUCUCUUAUCAUUAUUUAACAUUGAUAUCACCAAAGUUAUUGGUAUUCAAGUUUACAUUCAAGUAACCGAUCUUAUGUCUGGUCAAGAACGUAUCGUUCGUCAUGUUAUCCCAGUUUUCGCACGUGACAUUAUCUAUGAUAUUCGUCCACUUGAAUUUGAAGCUGGUACUGAAAAUGAAUUUGAAAUUAUUGCAAAACGCCCAGAUGGUAAACCAGUUAAAAUGGAAGAUAUGAUUGUUCAUGUUCGUAUGAUUCUUGGUGAUGAACAUGGUAAACAAAAAGAUGAAAAAAUUGUUGAAAUCAAAGAUUUCUAUACACGUGGUCGUAAUGAUAUGGGUUUCUUCCAUCUUACUUUCCCAGAAAACUGUAUCGGUGUUCUUAUGACAAUGACACCAAUCAGUGAAGAUGGUAAAGAACAUGGUUAUCGCACACACACUCUUCCACUUAUGCCAACACCUCGUCGUACUGGUGCUAAAUUAACAAUUGAACUUUUACCAUCAAAAGUUGCUCCACUCAACACUGAUGUUAAUGUUCCAGUCAUUAGCUCACAAGUCUCAACUGUUGGUCGCAUUUCAAACUUCUAUGUUCAAUUAAUGUCAUCAAAACCAAUUGAAAAAUUUGAACGAUUACCAAUGUCAUAUGUUCUUAUGACAAACGGUCGUAUCACUCUUACUGGUGAAUUUUUUAUUGAACCAACAAAAGAAUGUAAUUCAAAAACUGUUCGUACAAUUCGUCCAGAAGAACAAACACCACCAACAUGUAUGUUUAAUGGUACUUUACCAAUUCAUAUUACACGUGACAUGAUUCCAUAUUCAACAUUACUUGUCUAUACAUUCCAACCAACAUUCAAUUUCACUGUUGCUGAAUCAUAUCGUUUCGCAGUUGCUGGUCUCUUCCAAAAUCCAUUAACUUUAAAUGCAACAAUUGUUCCAUUUACACCAACUGAAACAAUUGUUAACGACUUUGGAUAUAUGAAAUAUAUGCAAAUGGAACCAAUUCGUAUUUCAAGCAAAGCACAAGACCGAUCACGUGUUGAACUUUCAUUUACUGGUGUACCUGAAUCAACUGUUGGUCUUAAUGUAUUUGAAUUCGAUGGUAUUUUACAAGGUUUAUCAACUGAAAUUACCAAAGAACGAUUACUCAGAUAUUUAACCACAUAUGAACAUGUCCCACUUUUCACCAUGCCAGUAGAAGAAUCAAUGGUUCGUCAUGAACGUCAAGUUGGUGAUUCACCAAUGGCUGGACCAAUGCCCGGACAAACUGGACCAAUGAACGGACAAACUGGACCAAUGAACGGACAAACUGGACCAAUGGGUGUACAAGGAGAAAUGAAUAUGCCAGGACAAAUGGGUAUGUCUCGACGAACAAUCAGUGAACACGAUGAAGAAAUGGAAAUCAACCGUGAACGAAUGGGCUAUGAAAUGCGUUAUCCAAUUGAAAAAAUGAUGCUUGGUAUUAACACAGCACAUACAUUACCAACACUUGAAGGUGAUGAUAUUUAUAUUUCAUCCGAUAUGGGCCGUCUCUAUGGUGAUAUGGAAAGUCAACGACCAUCAUCAACACACUAUCGUCGUAAACUCGAAAAAUCAAUGAAUCAAUACGAUGUUAAUGUUAAUGAUAAUGAUUAUAUUAUUGCUACAAGUAUCCCACUUGUCUUUACAGCUGACUCAAAACCAAUGCCAUCACGUAAACCCGAAGAAAAGAAAAAUAUGGAUGUUGAAAUUGAUUCAAAAGACGAAACAAUGUAUCAAAAAUCAUCAGAAUAUGGUACAUCAACAUGGUACGAACGAAUGAAUACACGAUUAAACUCAUUUACACCAGAAGCAUUCAAAUUUAUGCACUCAGGAUUAACAAUUGUUUCUGAUUUCGAUGCAUUACGUAUGCCAAUUGAAAUGAAACAUGAAAAUUUCACAAAAUUAUUCCGAACAUUCCGUGAUGAAUCAACAACAUUUAUGGAACGUCCAUCAUUCAAUAUGCGUGAUGAAGCUCGUGAAUUACUCGAACGAUAUAUGGUUGAAUCUGAUUUAUCUAUGAUGGUUCCACCAAUUAUGCUCGAAGAACAAGCACGUACUAAUUAUUAUCGUUCAAUCUUCUUUAACACAAGCCGUAUUGAAUCUCAAGGUAUGGGUAAAGUUGUUCUCCCACAAACAAAACCAUACUCAACAUGGGUCGCAACUGGAUUCGCUCUUAACGAUAAAACAGGUUUAUCAAUUGCUCAACCACUUCGUUUACCAACAAACCGUGGUCUUUUCGUUCUUGGUAACCUUGCUAAACAAGCUCGAGUUAAUGAACAUGUUCUCUUAUCAUUCGGUAUUAACAACUAUCUUGAAAAAGAUUUAACCAAUGUUAUUCUUCGUAUUCGUGCUUCCGCUGAUUUUGAUCUUUUUGAACAAUCAAAACCAGAAGAAAUCUUAUCAAGCAAAGACAAAGAUUAUACAUUCACAAUGCCACUUAAAUCAUUCGCUGUUGAAACACGUCACAUGGUUCUUAUUCCAAAACGCGCUGGUCUUAUUCAAGUUAUCAUUGAAGUCGAAUCUGAUUUCGGUGGUGAUUAUGAAAUUUUAACAAUGCACGUACGUGAAUCAGGUAUUGAACAUCAACGAAUUGUAUCACGUUUAUUCGAUUUAACAAGUGAAAAGAAAUCAUAUGGUCCAAUUGUUGAAAAAAUUGUUGAUCCAUCAAAUCUUCGUGCAGUUCGAUUCUCUGCUUCAAGCACUUUUCUUGAUCGUUACACUUAUGAUGCUAAAUUCCAAAUCAAACCUUUAGUUGGUAUGGAUCGUUCACUUUUUCAUCUUUAUCGUGCACUCAGUCUUCGUCGUUAUUUAAAUGAAACAUUCCAAACUGAAUCACCAUUAUUUAACAUGACAGCUGAAAACAUCACAGUCGCUUAUCAACAACUUCAAUAUUAUAAUGAUUAUGAUGGUUCAUAUUCAUUUAUUCCAGAAGAAGGUAAAAACUUUUCAUCACUCUAUUAUACAUCAUUAGCUUUUGGUGCUAUGAUUUCACCAAUGAUGCCAUUCCGUGAUAACGUUACACUUAACCGUACAUUAAACUGGAUCUUAUCUCGUCAACAACAAGAUGGUUCAUUCGAUUGUGAUGGUUUCUGUUUCCAUUAUCGAUUCUGUGCUGGUGAAUACCGUCGUGAAUCAUUAACAGCUUUUGUUCUCUAUUCACUUACACGUGAUAAUUCAUCUGAUUAUAUGCCAGAAUUUAUUCGUCAUCGUUUAUUCGAUGGUGAAAUGAGCCCAAUUAUGCGUGCACACCGUUAUUUAGAAUCACGUAUUACUGAAAUCAAACCACAUUUAUUACCAAUCAGUUUAUUUGAAUUAACAUUCUUACAAAGCCGAUUUUUAUCAAAAGAAUUACGUGAAAAAAUCCACGAAACACUUUUAUCACGAAAAUUAACUGUUGUACCAGAAGAUAAUUCAAAAUACUUAAAAAAUGUUGAUAACAAAAUGACAUUUGAUGAUGAAUUAUUAGUUAAUGCUAUGACUGCUUCACUUUAUGCUAUGUAUGGUGAUUACAAAACAACAUUUGAUAUUGCUCGUUGGUUGAUUAGCCAAGUUGAAGUUCACCCACAAUUUGAUACAAUCUUAGAUGGUGUUUUCUAUUUUGAUGCUUGGUUCAACAUUCGUACUAUGUUCUAUAAACACUUCGGUAUCGAAAAAUUCGAUGUUACAAUCGAUGUUUCAUCUGAUAGUGGAGAAAAACGACAAUUCAAAAUUAACUCAAAAAAUAUGGAUUACUCACAAAUGUUACAUUUUACUGCACCAGUUCGUCAAAUUACUUAUUCAGUUAAAGGUUUCGGUCUUGCUAUGAUUUCCAUCGAUGAAGUAUAUGUUCAAAAAGAACAAACAAAAGCAAUGGGACCAAUGCCAUUUUCAUUCACACAAGAAUUCAAACCAAUGUCAUGGUUCAGCGAAAUUAUGGCUAAAACAUGUAUGACAUACACACCAACAAGCGAACAUCAACGAUUCAUUAAAGAUACAUUCAAUCGUACAAUGGUUAUUGAAAUGCACCUUCCAUCAGGUAUGCGUGUCAAUGAACGUCAAAUUGGAUUCUUCUUAAGUCGUGUUGAACAAGUUAUGUACUUUAAAUAUGAACGAUGUGGUCAUAAACUCAGUUUAUUCAUCAAUGUUCCAUCAACAUGGUACGGUAAACCAAUCUGUAUGGAAUGGUGUCUUGAACGUUUAUCAACAGUUAUGUCAUGGUCACCAAUGCAAGUACGUGUCUAUGAUUAUCUUCAACCAGAAAUGGAAUUUAUUCAAUACUUUCCAAUGCAAUUUCAACCAAAAGUUCUUGGCUAUUCAUUUGUUGAUGCCAUCCAUGAACAUCGACCAAAACUCGAAUCAUUACCACUUUUACAAAAAUCAAAACAAGAAAUGUAA